AUGUCGAUGAAGUGUCGCAUUUGCGGUUUGUUGGCGGAUUUCGGCAGGAAGCUAUUUGAUAUUGACGGCGAGGGUCAUCUGAAAAACAUCCACAGUCUGACGGGGAUUUGGUUAAUUGAUAAGCCCGGUGUGCCCUCAACAAUGUGUCUAUCCUGCCUGCUCGACUUAAAUGCAGCUGUUGCCUUUCGCCAACGGUUAAUUAGGACAAACCAUUCUUGGUUGGAGGCUCAGCUCGAUCACUCGAAUAAACAGGAACUCGAGCCCGGAAACUUUUCCAGUACUAUUCAAGAUGAUCUUAAGGGAAGUCUAGAGCCUCCUAGUUCUUUAGAAAAGCCUAGGAAUACAGCUAGAAAGAAAUUCACACCUUUGCGCUACAGGGAACCGGAUGAGAUGCCAUCCAAUGCGGUAAAUCAAGAUGACUUCGUAUUGUCUUCAGCUGGAGAUCCCUCAAUUGAUCCUCCUCUGUGCGAAGAUCUCAUAAGGGUGAAAAACGAACCCCUGCUGUCGGACACUGAGCUAGAGGAUACCAGAAACCAGCAAGGAAACCUCGAAUACCAUCUUUUAAUGAGGCAAGAUCUCAAAGGGGUAGAAAACAAACCCCUGCUAGUGGACACAGAGGUGGAGGAUACCAGUAGGGGGGUAAGAAAUAGUGGGCCACCAAAGAGGAAGAGAGGACGCCCAAGAAAAGUCCAGCAAGUUUGCUUCUUCUCGUGCGAAGAGUGCGGCACAUCAUUCAUGGAAAAGGACGAGUACGAAGACCACCUUUUGCGACACUCCAGCUUUAAGCUGUUCCAGUGCGAGGAGUGCAAUCACCAGGAGAACACCGCCCACCGGCUCAAUUUGCACGUGCGGAUCAAGCACCGCGGCGAACUGCCAUACAUGUGCCGGUUCUGUGGCCAGAGUUUCGACAGGAUUAUGAAGAAAUUGCGACACGAACGAUGCCACAAGGAGAUCCUGACUACUAGAGUUUUUAAAAAGCAUUGCUAA